AAAUAUUAAAAAUAAUAAAUAUUCAAAUCAUAUUAAACAAUUAAUAUAUGAAUAUCCAAAUGCUAGUAUGACUGAAAGAGUUAAUGAAAUUUUUCAAAUAUUAAAAGAGUCUAAUAAAGCAAAUAUUAAUGAUUGGAUUACAUUUAUUCAACAUCUUGAAUACAUGGUUAAAAAAAUUGAAAACUCUCAAAAUUUAACAGAUGCAUUAGCUGAAUUUGAUUUAGAAAAAGAAGAAAAAAUCCUUCUUUUAAAAGAAAAGAAAUUAGAAUUAGAAGAAAAAGAGUUGAAACUUAAAAAAGAAAAAUUAGAAAUUCUUAAGCUUAAAUAG